UAUAUCACACAGAAGAAGCUCACAAGCUGCUCCUAAGCAACUCAUGAGCAUUAUUUACAGCUUUAUUAUAAUAACUAUCAAAUAAUUAAAGUAUGGCGUCAACAAAAGAGCUUUUACAGAUGGAUCUUUACGCGUUAUUAGGGGUUGAAUCCAAAGCCACAGAGAAACAGAUCAAGAAGGCGUACAGACAGCGAGCGUUAUCCUGUCACCCGGACAAAAACCCAGACAAUCCCAAAGCCGCUGAUCUCUUUCAUCAGUUGUCUCAGGCGCUGGAGGUGUUGACCGACGCUGCUGCCAGGGCCGCCUACGACAAAGUCCAAGCGGCUAAAAAACAAGCCGAGGAGAGAAACCGAAAACUAGAUGACAAGAGAAAAAAGAUCAAACUCGAUUUGGAGACACGUGAGAAGAAGGCAGAAGAUCACAAAACAGAAGAGGUCAAAGUUACCAGAACGUUAGAGGAGGAGAUCGCUCGUCUGAGGGAGGAGGGCUCAAGAGAACUUCAGGAACAACAGAGACUCAUGCGAGAGCAGAUCCAGAGAGAGACAAAAACAGGACGGGUCAACCGCUGUGAUGUCACUCCUAAACUGAAGUUGAAGUGGAAAUGUAAAAAAGACGACGCCAGUAAUGCUGGAUAUUCACAAGAAUGUCUUCAAAACCUCUUUCAGAAGUAUGGUGACGUGUUGAACAUUUUAAUCUCCAGUAAGAAGGCCGGCAGCGCUGUGAUCGAGUUCGAAUCAGUUAAAUCGGCUGAUCUGGCGUUUAGAAACGAGAGCGGUCUGACUGGAAACCCUUUGAAAAUCACAUGGCUGGAGGGUCAACCUGAGCCGGCGUCACGCACGAACACCCCGGCAGAUGUUUUCUGCUCUUCGCAGGGUUCGCUGCGCAGCGAGCGUGACUACGAGAGCGUGGUGCUGAUGAGACUGAGACAGGCCGAAGAGAGGAAGACACUGAUCGAGCAGAUGAAGAGAGAGGAAGAGGAAGAGGACGAGACAGCGUGACCUCACACACGCUUUCGUUUUAUUAUGACUUUUGACCUUUUUGUGUAAAUAAACAUCCACAGAUGCAUAAAGCUCCUCUGGUAGAAACGGUCUCGUUUUGAUUUUUAAGAUUUAAAUAUAUUUUAUGAGAGUAAUAUGACACAUGGUAUUGCGAUUAUAUAGAGCCUUAAAUAAAGAGAAACUAUGAACUCUGUCAAAAAUUCAGUCAUCAUGUAAUCCUCCUUUUGUAGUUGUAAAUAUUCAGUGGAACACAACAGAAGAUAUUUUGUCUGCGGUUUUGUGUUCAUACAAUGGAAGUCAAUGGAGUUCAGUGUUGUUUGAUUAUCGACAUUCUUCAAAAUAUCUUCUUUUGUGUUCUGCAGAAGAAACUCAUACAUGUUUACAAUGACAUGAGGGUGAACAAACGAUAACGAAAUAUUUAUUUUCGGGUGAACUGUCCCUUUAAGUGUCCAUGAGACUCAAAUCUCUCUGUAAAAACUGGUGGCUAUGAUCAUUGCUUUUCUAGCUAUUUCCUUUUAUAUUUAUUCGUUAUACAGUAUAAACAUUCAUGUUGUUCUUUGUGGCAUCUAUAUUCAUGACUAAUGUAGUCUUCGUCUGUGAUUUUGUCGACUGCUUUUAUCAUGUGGUCUACACAUUGUCGAGGAGUUUCUCCUCAGGUCUCUCCUCCUCCUCAUCAAUCUGUGGUGACACUCAUUCGCACAUCAUCAUUUAUUCUGCUCUAUCAUCUAUGGCUGUGUAUUGCCAAGUGCCUCCCGAUACGAUACAUAUCACGAUAGAUGGGUCACGAUACAAUAUAUUGCUAUGUAUUUCGAUACGAUACACAUUUGCGAUAUAUUGCAAUACUUUAAAUAGAAAAUGUGAAAAGUAGAGCUAGAAAUACAACAUGCUGUGCACCAGCGGGGGUUUUCUGUAAGGAUAAGUGUAAAAACAUCCCUUACCUCUGCAGAGUGGCCAUGAUGUGUGAUGCUUCGACCUUUAGAUCAGAGGUUUGGCUUCUCAAACAGGUAGCACAGGGGAAUAAGGUGGCUCACGCAAGUCACUUGGCUGUUGUGGUGCAUUACAGUUAAAACACCGAACAUGGGCAGUAUAAAACCUCUGCUUCAUCCGUGCUGUAAAUGUGCUGAUGUCACAUCCGUGAAAGCACAAUAAAUGUCAUUGUUACUUUUCUUAAUAAACUUUUUGUCU